AUGAUCAGCUCAACGAGCUCUACAAACCCUGAAAGUUUGAGGAAAUUCAGAGAAAGUCGAUGUAAACGUGGUACGUUUCCCAUGGAUUCACCCAAACGAAGUGAAGGUGAACCAAGAUUCAGAAAAAACAGGUUCAUGUUUACCGCUAUUAAUGGUUCUAUCCCUCUCUCAGACGGUUUUGACGUGGACUUUGGCCAAGAAGCGUUAAACUGUUUCAAUCUGAAACCAGACUCGUACGAUGACAGUACUGGGCGCCGAACGUUGAUUGAAAAGGCAGCUCAAGGACUUAUCGUUGAAGGAGAAAAGGUAGGCAAACGAAGGGAAGCAGAAUGGAUGGCCCAACAACUACUCAACGUCAAAAACGAAACUCGGGAGAUCGUAUGGCAAUGUUGUGCUCGUCUCUACACCACGGAAUCGUUCCUUUACAAGAAACUAAACGAAGUGAUGAGAUUAGUAAAAGACGACAGCCAUGAAGAAUUAUGGGAGCGACAACUUUGGAAAAGUAAACUAGCCACGUUUGGUCCAUUCGCUCACCUUCUGGUAAAGAUGAAGCGGGAGCGUAGUCUGCAUCAUGUGUCCAAAAGAACAACUGUAUACCGAGGAGCCAAUUUGCCCGAUCACUUAAUCGAACAAUACCAGUCGUCAGUUAAACACAUUUUAAGAGAGAAGGGAUGUUACUCUUACAAGUUAUAUAUAGCAUUUACAUCGACGAGUCGCAAUCGUGCGCAAGCAGAACUGAUUGGCAAUGUUCUUUUCGUCAUUGACGUCGAUGAAGUACUAGAUGGCACGGAUAUAGCACCGUAUUCAGUUUUUGAUGAAGAAGAAUAUUUGCUUGAUCCACAUUUUAACUUCGAAAUUGAAUCGUACAACUUUGACAAAGCAACGAAUAAGUCAAUCAUUUUUCUGACAUCGUUGACCCUUGAGGGAGCUCCUCCCUCGUUCCAAUACCAGUCUACUCGAACAAGACUUAUCGUUAUGCCUUCAUAA